GUGUGUGUGUGCGCGCGCGCGCGCGCGUGUGUGUUUGUGUGUGUGGAGGGGACCCUGGGGUUAGCAGCCGCUAUCGCAGCGUUGGAUGUGCAGAGCACCAGCGGUCGGCGUCCACGGAUGUUGUGUUGGCCGCCGCCAUGAGCUACACAGGCUUUGUCCAGGGAUCCGAAACCACUUUGCAGUCCACAUACUCGGACACCAGCGCUCAGCCCACCUGUGAUUAUGGAUAUGGAACUUGGAACUCUGGGACAAACAGAGGCUACGAGGGCUAUGGCUAUGGCUAUGGCUAUGGCCAGGAUAACACCACCAACUAUGGGUAUGGUAUGGCCACUUCACACUCUUGGGAAAUGCCUAGCUCUGACACAAAUGCAAGCACUAGUGCCUCGGGUAGCGCCAGUGCUGAUUCCGUUUUAUCCAGAAUUAAUCAGCGCUUAGAUAUGGUGCCGCAUUUGGAGACAGACAUGAUGCAAGGAGGCGUGUACAGCUCAGGUGGAGAAAGGUAUGAAUCCUAUGAGGCCUGUGACUCAAGGGCCGUCCUGAGUGAGCGUGACCUGUAUCGGUCAGGCUAUGACUACAGCGAGCUUGACCCUGAGAUGGAAAUGGCCUAUGAGGGCCAAUACGACGCCUACCGUGACCAGUUCCGCAUGCGUGGCAGCGACACCUUUGGUCCCAGGGCGCAGGGCUGGGCCCGGGAUGCCCGGAGCGGCCGGCCGAUGGCCUCGGGCUAUGGGCGCAUGUGGGAAGACCCCAUGGGGUCCCGGGGCCAGUGCAUGUCUGGUGCCUCUCGGCUGCCCUCCCUCUUCUCCCAGAACAUCAUCCCCGAGUACGGCAUGUUCCAGGGAAUGCGAGGUGGGGGCGCCUUCCCAGGCGGCUCCCGCUUUGGCUUUGGGUUUGGCAAUGGCAUGAAACAGAUGAGGCGGACCUGGAAGACCUGGACCACAGCAGACUUCCGGACCAAGAAGAAGAAGAGAAAGCAGGGCGGCAGUCCUGAUGAGCCAGAUAGCAAAGCCACCCGCACGGACUGCUCGGACAACAGCGAUUCAGACAAUGAUGAGGGUACUGAGGGGGAAGCCACAGAGGGACCCGAAGGGACCGAGGCUGUGGAGAAGGGCUCCAGAGUGGAUGGAGAGGACGAGGAGGGAAAAGAGGAUGGGAGAGAAGAAGGAAAAGAGGAUCCAGAGAAGGGGGCCCUGACCACCCAGGAUGAGAACGGCCAGACCAAGCGCAAGUUGCAGGCAGGCAAGAAGAGUCAGGACAAGCAGAAAAAGCGGCAGCGAGACCGAAUGGUGGAAAGGAUCCAGUUUGUGUGUUCUCUCUGCAAAUACCGGACCUUCUAUGAGGACGAGAUGUCCAGCCACCUAGACAGCAAGUUCCACAAGGAACAUUUUAAGUAUGUAGGCACCAAGCUCCCUAAGCAGACAGCCGACUUUCUGCAGGAGUACGUCACCAACAAGACCAAGAAGACAGAGGAGCUCCGAAAAACUGUGGAGGACCUUGAUGGCCUCAUCCAGCAAAUCUACAGAGACCAGGAUCUGACCCAGGAAAUUGCCAUGGAGCAUUUUGUGAAGAAGGUGGAGGCAGCCCAUUGUGCAGCCUGCGACCUCUUCAUUCCCAUGCAGUUUGGCAUCAUCCAGAAGCACCUGAAGACCAUGGAUCAUAACCGGAACCGCAGGACACUUCUAUAAACAGAAUCACAUAACAUGUGGUCUUCAGUGAUUGGCUUCUUUCACUAAGCAUGAUGUUUUCGGGGUUCAACUACAUUGUAGCGUGUAUUACAGCUUCAUUCCUUCAUAUGGCUUCAUAUUAUUCCAUUGUAUAGAUCGAUAUGCCACAUUUUGUUUAUCCAUUCAUCUUUUUGAGCAUUUGAGUUGUUUCCACCUUUUAGCUAUUAUGAAUAAUGCUCUUAGAAACAUUGUGCAAGUUUUUAUGUGGACAUAUGUUUUCAUUUCUCUUGAGUAUAUAACUAGGACUGAAAUGUCUGUAUCAAAUAGUAAUACUUUAACUUGUUGGGGGAACUGCCAGACUAUUUUCCAAAGUGACUGCACUAUUUUACAUUUCCACCAGCACUCUGUAAGGGUUCCGAUUUUUUCACAUACUCACCAACACUUAUUUUCUGACCUUUUGAUCUAGUCAUCCUAGCGGGUGAGAAGUGGUAUCAUUGUGGUUUUGAUUUGCAUAGCCCUGAUGACUAAUGGCGUCUUUUCAUGGGCUGAUUGGCCAUUUUUGUAUCUUUGGAGAAAUGUCUAUUCAAGUUCUUUGUGCAUUUUUAAAUUGUGUUGUCUUUUUGAUUUAUUAGAGUUCUUUAUUCUAUAUACAAGUCCCAUAUUUGAUAUGAUUUGCAAAUAUUUUGUCCCAUUCUGUGGGUUUUUUCACCUUCUUGAUGUAUCCUUUGUAGCACAAUCGUUUAAUUUUCAUAAAGUCCAAUUUAUUUUUCUUUCAUUGCUUAUUCUUUGGGUGUCAUAACUAAGAAUUUAUUGAUAAAUCCCAAGUCACAAAGGUUUGCCCGUAUGUUUUCUUGUAAGAAUUUUAUGGUUUUAGCUUUUACAGUUAGGUCUUUGUUCCAUUUGAGUUUAUUUAUUUAUAUAAGUUAAGGGUCUAACUUUAUUUUUUGCAUCUAGAUAUUAAGUUGUUCCAUCACCAUUUGAAAAAGAAAUGAGACUGUUUUUCCCCCAUUGAAGGACCUUGGCAUCUUUGUUGAAAGUUAGUUAACCAUAGCCAUGUAGGUUUACUCUCAAUUCUAUUCCACUGUUCUGUAUAUCUGUUUUUAUACCAGUUUGUACUGUAGCUUUGUUACUAAACUUUGAAAUCAGGAAAUUCGAGCACUUCAACUUUAUUCCUCUUUUUCAAGAUUGUUUUGGUUAUUCUGUGCUCCUUGGAUUUCAAUGUGAGUUUAGGAGCAGCUUAUCAGUUUCUCCAAAGAAGCCAGCUGGUAUUCUGAUAGGAUUGUGUUCGAUUUCUAGAUCAAUUUGGUGAGUAUUGACAUCUUUACAAUAUUAAGUCUUGUAAUCCAUGAAUAUGGGAUGUCUUUUCAUUUACUGAGAUCUCCUUUAAUUUCUUUCAAAUGUUUUGUAGUUUUCAGAAUAUAAACUCUG